CACCAUCAUACUUUGUUUUAUCCAUCACGACCUGCACAAUCAAACUUAUACAAAUUCCCUUUUCUUCCUCACACAACUUUUUUUUUCCCUACGCAAAUGUUGACGCCGUCCACCACCUAGUUGCAUUGUCCUGAGGCAACACUCACCAUGCCCGUCGCAACCGACGCGAGUUCUACUCCCGUCGACUUGCUCGUCAGCGUCGGCAAAAAUCAGAGCACCAAGACCUUAUUAAGGGUCAUUAUUCUCUGCUUCAUUGCCGCUGCUGCUGUUGCAAGUCGUCUGUUUUCGGUCAUUCGUUUCGAGAGUAUUAUCCACGAGUUCGACCCAUGGUUCAACUUCAGAGCAACUAAGUACCUUGUCGCCCAUGGAUUCUACGAUUUCUGGGAUUGGUUCGACGAUCGAACAUGGCAUCCCCUCGGCCGAGUUACCGGAGGUACACUCUAUCCCGGUCUGAUGGUCACAAGCGGCGUUAUCUACCACCUCCUACGGGCUCUGACUGUUCCCGUCGACAUCAGAAACAUUUGUGUCCUCCUAGCACCGGCAUUCUCCGGCUUGACUGCCUUUGCCGCCUACCUCCUUACCAAUGAGAUGACUACUUCGCCGUCUGCUGGUCUUCUCGCCGCCGUUUUCAUGGGCAUUACCCCAGGUUAUAUCUCGAGAUCUGUGGCUGGUUCCUAUGAUAACGAGGCAAUCGCAAUCUUCCUCCUUGUAUUCACGUUCUAUCUCUGGAUCAAGGCGUUGAAGUUGGGUUCCGUCUUAUGGGGUGCUCUGUGCGCUCUCUUCUACGGCUACAUGGUGGCCUCGUGGGGUGGGUAUGCCUUCAUUACCUGUCUGGUUCCUCUACACGCAUUCGUCCUCGUUUGCAUGGGAAGGUUCAGUAUGCGCCUCUAUACCUCAUACACGACUUGGUAUGCCCUCGGUACCUUAGCCAGCAUGCAGAUCCCCUUCGUCGGUUUCUCGCCCGUUCGCACCAGUGAACACAUGCCCGCCCUAGGUAUAUUUGGCUUCCUUCAGCUUGUAGCCUUCAUUGAAUAUGUUCGAUCGGCUAUCCCAAGCCGCCAGUUCCAGUCAUUCCUCUACAUGGGCCUUGGUAGCAUAUUCGGUCUUCUACUACUCCUGUUAGUUGGCCUUACCACCCUUGGAUACAUUGCUCCUUGGUCCGGUCGAUUCUACUCUCUUUGGGAUACCGGCUACGCCAAGAUUCACAUCCCGAUCAUUGCGUCCGUAUCUGAACAUCAACCGACCGCUUGGCCAGCCUUCUUUUUCGAUCUCAAUAUGCUGAUCUGGCUCUUCCCUGCUGGAGUCUACCUCUGUUUCCAGAAGUUAGAGGAUGAGCACGUCUUUAUCAUCGUAUACGCUCUGUUUGGAAGUUACUUCGCCGGCGUCAUGGUGCGAUUGAUGUUGACUUUGACUCCCGUGGUAUGCGUAGCCGCUGCCAUCGCCGCCUCCCAACUUCUUGACACCUACCUUGUCGUCAGAUCGCCCGAGCCUGUCAAGUCCGAAGAAGAGGGCUCCGAUGCGACUGCGAAGAAGGCAUCCAAGCAUGGCGUGUUACGAACCGCGUCCCAACCGGUGGUGGGCAUUUAUGGUUUGUUGUCUAAAGGCUUCGUAGCUACCUUCAUGAUCAUAUUCUUGCUCAUUUUCGUGCAACAUUGCACAUGGGUAACCUCGAAUGCCUAUUCAUCUCCAUCCGUCGUCUUAGCAAGCAGGAUGCCCGAUGGUAGUCAACAUAUCAUCGACGACUACCGCGAGGCCUAUCAGUGGCUCCGCCAGAAUACCAAAGAAGACGCCAAGAUCAUGUCGUGGUGGGACUACGGCUACCAAAUUGGUGGAAUGGCUGACCGUCCUACCCUCGUAGAUAACAAUACUUGGAACAAUACACACAUUGCCACGGUUGGCAAAGCCAUGAGCUCUCGCGAGGAGGUAAGCUACCCAAUUAUGCGUCAACACGAAGUUGACUACGUCCUUGUCGUCUUCGGUGGUCUCCUUGGUUAUUCAGGUGACGACAUAAACAAGUUCCUCUGGAUGGUGAGAAUCGCCGAGGGUAUCUGGCCCGACGAGGUGAAGGAGCGAGAUUUCUUCACGGCGCGGGGCGAGUAUAGAGUCGAUGGCGAAGCCUCUGACACCAUGAAGAACAGCCUAAUGUACAAGAUGUCAUACUACAAUUACGGCGCCCUUUUCCCGCCCGGUCAGGCUCAAGACCGUGUCCGAGGUGCUCGGCUUCCCGAUCAGGGCCCGGUUCUUAACACGCUGGAAGAAGCCUACACUAGUGAGAACUGGAUCAUCCGAAUCUACAAGGUCAAGGACCUCGACAACGUAGGCCGAGAUCAUGCUUCGGCAGCCUCGUUUGAGAGAGGCCACAAGAAGAAGAAGGCAACCAAGAAGCGCGGACCCAGGGUUCUAAGAGUGGAGUGAUGAAGUCAGGGAAUAUGAUCAUAAAAGACAUGUGAUAUACCGAGCGUGCCAUCACCUUGACUUCUACAACUUGCUGGUUAGGGAAAGGAAAAGUCGGCCUCGAUGGUUGGCCAUGUACAGAUAUCAAAGUCCAAGGCAGGGAAUAAAAAAAAAAUAGGGAGGGCAUUCCCUAAUUUCGUAUAAAUGACAUCUCGUCACAUUGGCCUUGGAUGCCUGAGAGUAAUGAUUCGGUAAAAAGAGAAGCAAACACCUAAAUUGUUACGUGACUAGGUUAAGUGUCGUUCGUGUAUUGAUUGAUAUUGUCUACUAUAUAAACUAGCCUGGGAUCUAAGAUAUUAUGGUAAGAAUAAAGCAAGGGAAGUAAAAGCGAAUCUAAUGCUAUUGAGGAUUACGGAAAGGUAACCACAUGUGCAGAAGAAACUAAUAACAAGCAAGGUAGGUGAGCUACUUAUUUAUCUAUUUACCUUUGUUUUCCUUACAAAGUUGAAACGGAAUAGGGCUAUGAAAAUAAAAAUUUAAAACCGAAACUACGAAUUCGUAGAGAGGAUAGAAUUGCCCACUACUGGAAUCGAACCAGUGAUCUCAUCAUAACACUAGGAUUGAAGAUACUUCGGUACUAGUGAUGCGCUUUACCACUAAGCCAAGCGGGCUAGCUCAAGGAAGGAACCAGUGUGCCG